UUUUUGUUACUCAGUAACACCCGUGUCGUUUUCACUAUGGCGCGAGGGGUGUAAACAAAUGCGAUGGGAAAGCUCCUCUAUAUGGAAAAUACAUCUGCAAUAAAGAUGAUUUCUGUGAGACGCCUUUAUUCUUUUAUUUAAACACCGCGUGGAUGGAAAAAGAGGUUUAGUGAUGCGAACAGGACGCAGUCGCAGAUCGUCGGAUUUGUGUAGCAUGAAGCGGACCAAAGCUUUUACUUCAAAACCGCUUUCAAAUACACGGUUUCUGUUAGUGUAGAGCUGUUUACAGUCGAAAUAAUGUUGACAGGGUCCAAGACCACCUUUAAAGUGAGGCAGCUCGUGCCAGACAUGAAGGAGAGAAUGUUAAGCCACAGUAGUGUUCACGCUCGAGGGAGAGAUGUCCUCGGCCUUUGCUGUUUGCCAGGUGAAUGUGUACUGCAGAGAGCUGUGCUGGUGAGGAAGAAGCUGUCGGCUAAAGAAGGAGGUGGUUGGUUGUCUGGGACUCUCUUCUGCACUCAUUUCAGAGUGGCUUUUGUACCUCAGGACAGCCAGAAACCUGAUGAUAAUGCUGAUCCUAUGCUGCUUGGAGACCACGACGUGGCUCUCGCCUCUAUAGACAAAGUUGUUGCAGUUGGACCUUCUCGCACCAAACUGGUGACACCGAACUGCUCUCUGAAGUUCACCCCAGAAGAACUGCUGUUGUACUGUCGAGACCUGCGUGUCUUCUGUUUCCUGUUCGACAGACUCACACCUGAUGUGCAAGCUGUUGAGAUCACGUACACCAUUGCUAAGACCUACCAACCACUGAAACCUGGGACCCUCCUCUCCUUCCAGAAUGCUGCUUUGGGUAGUAUUGAGAUGAAGCAGUUCCUAAGCAACAGGCGACGUGACCCGAACAUGAACUGGUUUGAGUGUUCUUCGGACUGGGAGCAGGAGCUGGAGAGGGCGGGUGCAGAUGGCUGGAGGGUCAGCUCUGUCAAUGACCGCUUUGAGAUGUCCACCAGCCUCUCAAGAUUCAUUGUGGUUCCCCAUCGGGUCUUAGACACAGAGCUCAAGAAAACAUUUGCCCACUUCAAUGAUGGUCGAAUUCCACGAUGGUGUUGGCGACAUCCACGGGGCAGCGACUUAUUAAGAAUGGCUAGUUUCCAAAAUAACAUUUACCAUGAAAAGGAGGACAUCAGGAAUCUGGAGCUGGUGCUUUUUGGCGGACACCAACUAUGUGUGAUCGUUGAUCUCGGAGAGGAGAUGCCAUCACCCGCGGACAUCCAGGUUGCUCACACGAGACUUCGGAUCCUUUGUCUUGGAGAUAUCUCAUCCUCUGUAUCAGUGCCAGAUGAUAAAUGGCUCUCCACCCUUGAAAGCACACGCUGGCUCGACUAUACCAGGUGCUGUUUGAGAAAAGCCGCAGAGGUUGCUUGUUUACUCAGAGGAGGUCACAUGACUGUCGUUCUUCAAGAAUCUGAGGAUCGAGAUAUGAACUGUGUGGUGUGCAGUCUGGUGCAGGUGAUGUGUGAUCCUCACUGCAGGACUGUGCCUGGAUUUCAGAGUCUUAUCCAGAAGGAGUGGAUAACAGCGGGACACAAAUUCCUCAGCCGGAUCAACUAUCACAGAGACUGUGAUAAAGAAGAGUCCCCUGUGUUCCUGCUGUUCCUGGACUGUGUGUGGCAGCUGUGGACGCAGUAUCCAGCCCGAUUCCAGCUUACAGAAGAUUACCUGCUGGCUUUGCAUGAUAGCGUGCAGCUGCCGCUCUUCAGUAGCUUCCUGGCCAACUCUCAGAGAGAAAGAUGUCGGCGCUCACAGAAUUUGCCUCAGAGCUACACACCAGUUAAUGGUUUGAGAGAGCUGCCUAUGAGUGACCCAGAAGAAUCAGUAGACCCACCUUUUCCCCCGGUGUGGGACUGGGCCCUGCAGUACAGCAGUCUGAGACGAGCCCGCUUCACCCAACCUGUGUCACAGCCGGUCCGUCUUCCUCCCGUCCUCAACGGAAACCUCAAUAGAAACCAAGAGCGCAGCUGGCACAAUGAUGGAGUGCCAGGUUCUGUGUUCCAGCUGUCCCGUGGUUCAUUCUCCAGUCCCUCCAACCUGCCUCCAUGGCGAAGCGGAAACUCCGGAUCUUUCCGAAAGAGUCACCGCAGGGCUCCGUCUUCCGAGAGUCUGACCGGACUUGAACGUCUCAUCAGAGCCUGUUCCCUUUCUGAUCCCUCGGACAGCACCACGACCCUCCACGAUCCAUACGAACCCCUGUUACCCCUGCUCAUAGGGCCCUGUGUGAGAGUAUGGAGAGGCUGCUAUUUACGGGGUGUGCUACACGCCCAGGCCUUCUCACACCCCAUGUCUUCGUGCAGCCAGCAUCCAUUAGACCAGCUGGCCUACGAAGUGCAGGAGCUCGGAGAGAAACUUGCACAGGUUUCUAUUAGACGCCCCGAAAACCAGGGCAGACGACAGGAGCCACGCCGCCUGGAGUCAAACCUUAACCAGAAUGCCAACAAUGGGACCUUCCUUUUCUCUUCUAGAUCAUCUCAACAGCAUCCACCGGCCAGCAGGGGUGCAUCCUACCCCUCCGAUCCUCCCAGAGACCCGCGCGCUGCGUCCGAGCCGCCCAGGUCUUCGCAGAGGAUUAACGGCAAGCACACGUUUCUGUUCGGCCACCAACAAGAAUCACAACCAGUACAGCGGUACAUUUCCUCACAGAGUGCCAAAUAUCCCAAACACCCAGGCAGCAUGCACUAGUCUAUAUGUAGACAGGAGAAAUGGCGCCCUCUGGUGUUACUGGAGUGAUCUAAUGGGCAAACUAAGAUCUGCACUAGAAAAGUCACUUCAUUUCUAGUUUCUAUGCAUCAAUGUGGAUUUGAAAAAGACACCACUUGGCACAAUAGCAGCUAUGUAGUUUUAAAAAAAUAGCUUGGGAAAAAAUCAUCUGGUUAAAUUCUUCCUAUAUUAUGUUUUUUUUUUUACUUCUCCCUGCAGGUUUGGACAGUUUUUAAAUGUUUUAACUGAACUAUGAAAUAGAUGGUAAUAGUAGUGAUAAUAUGUGUGCAUGUUAAAUGUUACGUCUCUGAGGUUCAUGCCAAAAUAUUCAUCGGGUACUUUUAACCUUCUGUGUUGUUUAGAAGUAAUUCAUGGUACGAUAGGCUAGUAAACUAGUCAGGAAAAUAUAAAAUAGUCAGGAAAAUGGCUGCUAUGGCCGUAAUAAUGUAACAUACAGGUUUAGCAGUGUAUUGUACAGACACUAGAUGGAGACAAAAUAGUCAAAGAAAGUUUAGCGUGACACAUUUGGACACAAACAACAAGCUUGUCUUCAUUAUUGACACACAGUGGUACGAUGGUGUCCAGUGCAUUUUUUUUUUUUUUGUAUAUUGUUAUUAGUAUUUUAAAAAAUGAAGGAAAUGGAACAAAAACAAGAUGCAAUAUCUUAAAUGUUACAUUAUUUAUACCCUGCAGAUUUUGUGGAUAUUUAAGUGUUAUUUUAUCAUGAAUCUGUGAUGUAUUUUUAACGUCGCGAUGAGAAGUAACUAAAUGUGUGGGUUGUGAAGAUAACAAGCGUGAGCACAAGAACUUAAUUCUUAUGUUAGAGGAUUUUUAUAUUUUUUCUUGCGUGCAUGCUUUCAAAUCGAGGUUUCACUUAAAUCAUUAUCUGUGGCCUAUUUGCAUGUUUUUGUAAAAUGUAUGAAUUUUCAACAUAUUCUGUUCAAAAUUUCUAAAAAAAAGUCAAGCACUUGUAUGCACGUGUGAUGUGGGCUACAGGAAAUACAGGAGCUACAGGUUCAGAUCGAUCCUUAAAGAGAUAGUUCACCCAAAAAUGAACAUUUUGUCAUUAUUUACUCCCUGUCAUGUUGUUAAAGACCUUUAUAAAUGUAUUUAUUUUUAUAAACAUGAAGGAAAAUAUUUUGAGGAAUGUUUGUAACCAACACUGCAAAAAAAAAUGACUUUCUUGGUAUUUUUGUCGUUUUAAGUAAAAAUAUCUAAAAAUUCUUAAAUUAAGAUGUAUUUUCUUGAUGAGCAAAAUGACCUCGGAAAAUAAGUAAACUUUAAGUAAAUUAGUGCUUAGUACAAGCAAAAAAAAAAUCUGCCAAUGGAAUAAGAAAAAUUUUCUUAAAAUAAGUUUACUUUUUUCAUAAACACUUAAUUCAAAAAAUGUUUUAUUUUUCUAUUGGCAGAUUUAUUUUUUUGCUUGUUUUAAGCACAAAUUUGCUUUAAUUGUCUAUUUUUUUGUCUAAAAACUAGACUUAUUUUCCUAGAUCAUUUUGCUCAUCAAGAAAAUACAUCUUCAUUUAAGAAUUUUUAGAUAUUUUUACUUAAAACAAGACAAAAAUACUAAGUAAGAAAGUCAUUUUUUGCAGUGAAACCGUUCAAACUAUACAAUUUAAGAGAAUUUGUGCUUAAAACAAGCUAAAUUAUCUGCCAACGGGGUGAGAAAAUUUUGCUUAAAUUAAGUGUUUAAGAAAAAAGAAAUCUUAUUUUUAGAUUUUUUUCUCAAUUAUUUUUGCUGGUUUUAAGCACAAAUUCACUUAAAUUGUAUAUUUUUUGUCUAAAAACUAAACUUAUUUUCUAAGGUCAUUUUGCUUAUCAAGAAAAAGCAUCUUAAUUGAAAAUUUUUUAGAUAUUUCUACUAAAAAAAGACAAAAAUACUAAGUAAGAAAGUCAUUUUUUUCAGUGCAUGAGCCCCAUUCACUUCCAUAUUCUUUUUUCCUGCAUUGAAGUGAAUGGGGCCUCUAUUCGGUUUGGUUACAAGCAUUUCUCAAAAUAUCUUCCUUCAUUGUUAUCAGAACAAAGAAAUGUAUCCAGGUUUGUAACAAGACAGAAUUUUCUUUUUUGGGCAACCUAUCCCUUUAAUGAAUUAUUGCACAUAUUAUGCAUAAUAUUUGAGCAUAAGACCUGUCUCACGUUGCAUGCAUAAGCAAUGAAUAGUUAUUUUAAUGUCUAUAAUAACAGGUUACAGCAUUUGCAUUGUAUUUAUAGAUGUGUGACUUGUAGGCUUACAUUAUAUUAUAUUACAUUACAUUCCGGUAUUAAUUAAAUGCAAUUUUCACUAUAUAGCUACAGCUGUACGUCUAAAUAUAGUGCUGUUUGUACAUGCAGUGUGAAACAGGCCUACAGUAAAUCCAGAGAUUUGUGUCCUUUUUGAUUUCCCAUUAUGGAAAUACAUGUUUAAAUUUCAGUCACGUGUCAAUGCAGGAAGUUUCUGUUUGUGGAAAAAAGUGAACAAAUAUGAUUUUUCUUUAAGUUUAGAUACCUGAAUAUAAAAAUGGCACAAAAAUUGCAUUCAUACUUACAAAUGAGUCUCUUUCAAUUUCUUAGUAUAUUAUAACAAUCUUUAUUGGCACAUGUUAGAUAAAUCAAUAAAUCUUAUAGUUCUUAAAUUUCA